AUGGUCGACUGGGUCGGUCUCCUGGUCCCCCUGGCAUACUUGUCCAUCCUCAUAGGUUCUCUCGCCACUUUCAGCUCCCUAUACCGUCGUCGCAAGGCCCAAAAAGCCGCCAACCUUGCGCCAUGGUUCCCACCCCACCUGCAACGUAACAUUUACCUCUCGCUCCUACACCUCGACCCUCAGGACCCCUCAUCUACCCCCGAAGGCUCUGAGAAGUCAUUAAGUCAGAUUCCCGACGGCAUCAUCCGUGCUGCCCUGUUGCGCCGCGCCGUCGAGGACAUCCACCGCAUCAUCCAGAUCCGUAACGCAAAGCCCGCCCUUCAAACACUACUGCAGAGAGGUAGCGUUGGUGAUGAGUUAUGGCAGCGCUUCUUAAGAGCCGAGCAAGAGAUCGAGGAGGAGGUCAAGGAUGUUGUCUCUGAGGCCAACGCUCUCGUACCAAACUGGGGUCAGAUCAUCUUCCAGUCAGCCAACGAAAUCGCCAACAACCAGCUGGCCAAGCAACGCAUGGAGGACAUCCAAUCCAAGCUGCCCGAAGAGAAGGAGUGGUGGGACAAGAGAAAGCAAGGAAUCCAGACUCAGUUCAUGAAGGAGCUCGACGAUGAAGCUGCUGGCAGCAGAAAGGGUUCAGUCACCUCGGCUUCGAACAGCAGAAAAGGCUCUGUGGUUUCUGUCGCUGGCCAGAAGAUCAACAGUGAUGAGGAUGCCGUCUUGGUCGAGACACCGGGCAGUGCGAAGAAGAAGGGCAAGAAAUAA